CUUAGGCAAUGGCUAGUGCCUUGGCCAAUGAUCGUUGUGUAGCUCAGAAUGACCACGCAGUCAGCCAAUAGGGACUGUGGCGCGCGCGGGGAAAGGUUCUUACGAAGCAGCUCCUCCGUGAGGGAAAGAGAAGCUGGCGGGAAUGGGUCGAGGAGAAGUUUUGUAAAAACGUCAGGCACUUUACUGAGGACAUGGCAUCUGCUACUCCAAGAAAAAGAAAACGCAGUUCUGAUGGUUUGCUACUAGUAUAUGGGAAUCCAGUGAAAAAACUGAUGAUGGAAUUCACUGAGGAGCCGCCCAUGGCUAUGAUAUCUGCAGGUCAAAGUUCUGCAUCUCCAGUAAAGCAAAUGCCAAGUGUCCGAGAUGAUGAUAAAGAAAACCAUCACAUGCUCCAAAGAUCAAAAAGAUCACAGAAGCUUGAUACCUCUCCACUUCAGAGAGCCAGUGUGCCAAAGGGAAUACAAAGAGAGUUCCCACAGAGAAUGUCUCCAGAGUGUGGCACCACAUACAGUUCCAUUGUAUCCACCAGCUCCUUUUACAGCAAAGGGAAACAAUAUCGAAGCCUACUGGAGAGGAAACUGGCAAAUGAAAGCCAUCCUCUUGGUCCAAAAAAUGAUGCAAACCUACUUAUUGCCAGCAAGUCAGAGACGGCACAUCUUAAAGUGAUGACAGCCUCAACAAUAUCAAAGUGCCCUGGUGCUUCCAGGCAGGCCAAGAAUUUGCCAGGAAACACCAAAAGAGCCAAAAUAAAGAUGGCUCCUCCCAAGGGGAAAGAGGAUGCUAAUUGUGCUAUGGAAAAGAAAAUGGAUGGUCCUUUUAGAGUCUUAAGCAUGAAAUUCAAACCUGUGGUGAAACUCCAGACAGGGGCAGCAUUCUUUGGCACUGGAAAGUGGCAGCCUGGCUCUAAGAAAAUGCUUUCAUCAUCCCCCUACUCUGGUAGCAAGUCCAUAGGUAAAGGGAAUCAGGACAACCCCCUGACCCAUUCCAAGCUCUGCUUGUCCACUCAAAGCAAAGCCACUGAAGAAGGCAGGAAAGGAAGCUGUGCAAAUGGGCCCUCGAAAGAGGAAAAACGUGAUCACCUGCAGGAUGAUGUGAAAUUGAUUCACAAUACAAGCCAAAAUAAGGAGUCUAUAUGUGAACUGAACCUGUUGCAAAAUACUAGGCUCCUCAAAACUCCUCACUCUGGUUGCACAAAGGCCCACGCAGAAAAGGAAACUGAUGCUGGAAUCCAGGACUGUGAAGAAAACUUCCAGGGAUCACUGAGAAACAUGGGCAAGCAUGAGAGUCCCUCUUCCAUGCCAUCUUUGGCCGAUGACACCCAUCUGUUCAGUACACCAUCCAGCAACAAAAGAAGGCCACAGGCUCUCCCAGAUGAGCAGUCUUCACUUGUGGCACUUAAUCCAGUAGUGCAGAAAAUCCCUGCUAUUCUGAGAACCAGCAAGAAGACAAAAGAACUGAGCAAAGGUCUAAAAGAUCAGAUGGUCAUUGAUGCUGGCCAGAAACAUUUUGGUGCCACUGUCUGCAAAUCAUGUGGCAUGGUCUACUCGCUUGCCAGCCCAGAAGAUGAAGCACAGCAUGUCCAGUAUCAUCAGAGGUUCCUUGAAGGAAUGAAAUAUGUGAGCUGGAAGAAUGAGCAUGUGGCUGCAGAAUUCUGGGAUGGAAAAAUUGUCUUGAUCCUUCAGGAUGAUCCAAAAUAUGCCAUCAAGAAGGCUGAAGAUGUCCGAGAGCUUGUAGAUAAUGAACUUGGAUUUAAACAAGUGGUGUUGACUUGUCCAACCCAGACCCAAACAUACCUGUUUGUAUCCUGUGAAAAGAAGAUAGUUGGCUGCUUAAUUGCUGAGCGAGUCAGACAGGCUUAUCGAGUGCUUUCAGAGCCCACAACAUUGCUAGAGUCUGAUACUAAGAAGAGUCUAGAGCAUCAUCGUGCCUGGUGCUGCUCAACAAAGCCAGAGAAGGUAUUCUGUGGAAUCAGCAGAAUCUGGGUGUUCAGCCUGAUGCGGCGAAAGCUCAUUGCUAGUCGUCUAGUAGAUGUGAUGAGGCGUACAUUCUUAUUUGGCUCUUACCUAAGCACCAGUGAAAUUGCUUUUUCGGAUCCCACACCAGAGGGCAAGCUAUUUGCAGCCAAGUAUUGCCAAACAUCCAACUUCCUUGUUUAUAAUUUCAUAAGUUAAGGUCAGUUCAAUAAAACUGUAAAGUGUGUUUAAGAAGAAUUACUGAGAGCUUGUCUCUUCCUGCAGCAUGGGCUCCCCCUCCACAAAAAGAUUCAACAAGCUAUUUUGACAUUCUUCUUGUAUUAUGUUCUGCAUUUUAACAUUGUCAUUUAAAUUAGGAGUGGCACCAAACCAUGUUUGUGUUGCUUUAAAAAGUUUUAUUCUGGAAGUUGAAACUUCUGAGACUGAUUGUAAGCUUUAGAUUGUAUGAAAGAGAGAAGACAUUUAGUCUUUAGCUACAACUGACACCUGCUUGAGUUACUCGUAUCUGCUGCCUCCAGUAUUCCCCCCCCCCCUUGACUUGCUUGCAAGCCUGUUGGUGUGACUGCAGAUCAGCUUCUGGCCUUAGCCAACUGGAUCUGAGGUGACAGGUGGUCUUCGAAGGUGAGGAUAGGGACCAGUAGCCUGUCAAAUGUUGGACCAAGGUCAGGGAUAACUGGAGUUGUAGUUCAACAACAUCUAGAGGGCCACUGAUUCUCUGUCUCUAACCCUAACGAAAGUAACUAUGGUAAGGGUAAAAGCUACUUUAUAUAGAAUGGAGGAAGGCUAAGUGUGGGGAUGAUGUAAUGCUGCUAUGGAGCAGUUAACUAUUCUAUUUACACCUACUGGUGGAUGCACAAAACUGAGGCAAGUUCUGUAACCCUCAAUAGUUGGAUGCUGAGUCCUAAGGCUGUCUGCAAACUGCUACAAUUUUUGCACUAAAUAUUAGACCAAGUUUGUUCAAAUAAACUUUUGUGUAAUUUA